AUGUUUCGAUCUCAAUUGAUCCGACAAGCAGCUCGCGCUGUCAGAGCCUCCCAAUCCACAGUUGCAACACGCACAUCCCCUUCCGUCCCUUUGUCAUUACACCGAUCUAUUCACGCUACCUCUUCCCUCCGCCGCGACGAGAAGAAAGGGGAAGAAUUUGAGGGUUCCUUCGCCCGUACCGAUUCGUCCGUCCAGGUCGAGUAUCCAGAGGAGCAUGAUCUGCCAUCGAGUACCCCCGUACAAGGACGAGGCGGUCUUCAUUUCAAGCGUACUCUGGCCUCCUUCUCCCUAGAAGGCAGAGUCGGCGUUGUCACUGGUGGUGCAAGAGGUCUGGGUCUUGUCAUGAGCCAAGCAAUGGUCAUCAGCGGAGCAGACGUUGCCAUUGUCGAUCUCAACAAGGAGGAGGCGCAGAAGCAGGCUAUUGAGCUUAUGGAGUCUUUCAAGAGAGAGAACCCAGGAGCAGACAAGAUCCCCAAGGUCACCGCACACUAUGCCGACGUUUCCUCCCAAGAGUCCGUCGAGGCCUCCAUCGCCGAGAUCAUCAAGGACCACGGCAAGAUCGACAACUUGGUCACUUCCGCCGGAUUCACUGAGAACUUCGAAGCUAUCAACUACCCUAUCGAGCGAGUCCGCAAGCUUUGGGGCGUGAACGUGGAUGGUACAUACCUGUUUGCAAUUGCAGUUGCUAAGCACUUGAUGGAGCGAAAGGCACCGGGAGCCAUGGUCUUUAUUGGCAGCAUGUCUGGCGCUGUUGUCAACGUCCCCCAGCCGCAAGCACCGUACAAUGCAGCAAAGGCAGCUAUCAGACAUCUGGCCUCCAGUUUGGCUGUUGAGUGGGCUCAUGCUGGUAUUCGUGUCAAUGUUAUCUCUCCAGGAUACAUGCUUACGGCAUUGACCAAGAAGAUCCUCGAUGAUAACCCAGAUCUCAAGAGGCAAUGGACCUCCCUUAUUCCCCAGGGUAAGAUGGGUCAGCCCGAGGAUUUGAUGGGUGCGGUCACCUAUCUGUCGUCUGAUGCUGCGUCGUAUGUCACAGGAGCAGACCUGAGAGUUGAUGGUGGUUACACCCUCACUUAG